AUGAGCUACUCUUCCCAAUCUCCACCACCGCCAAGCCCCUCAUCACAACCACCUCAAUAUGGUUAUCAAAAACCACCCCCACCACCACAAAAAGAUACUUAUUCUCCUCCAAAACCUUCAUAUCCACCAAAGUCAUCACCUCCUAAUAAUGCCUCACCACCAAAUAAUUAUGCAAACCCACCUAAACCAAGCAAGACUACUCCACCGGUUCAGCCACCAAAACCUCAUUAUCCCUCUAAGCCAGAAAAGAACUCUCCUUCGGCUCAACCACCCAAGCCCUAUUCAAAACCUCCCCCUAAAACGCCUUACCCCGGCUCACCGAUGGCCCAGCCACCCACCUUCCAUGGCUACGCGCCAACUCCACCAACUUUUGGGUCGCCUUCACCUACCAUUAGUGGCGUCCCGCCUUCCUCUGCCAUCUCUACCCCGCCUUCGGGAGGCAACCACACAACUGUUAUAGCAGUAUGCGUGUCCCUUGGCGGUGCUUUCUUCUUGGCAUUUAUCUUGGUUGGCCUCAUCUGCCUUGCUAAGAAGAAGAAAAAGCCGGUUAUGAUUCCGGCUGCAGCUGCCUGUGCAUCAUCAUCAGAUUCUGAUGUAGAAAGUGGUCAUGGAAGUGGAACUGCUCGUCAUGGUGCUGUUGCGGGAGCUGCAGACCGGUCAUCUAGCCAUGGUUCAGGGCAUCAACGAAGUAGUUACUAA